CUGACGCUCGCAUUUAACAUGGCCGUCGAGCCGUGACACCCCUGGAGGACCAUCGUGUUUUUCGCCGUACAAACCGCAACGGUACGCCGGUACAACUCGUGCAAAUUCGCCGACAAAGGGGAAUUUGGUCGCAGGAAGCGCGUCGUUAAUAUUCGCGAGUAAGGAAUUUAAACGCUGAGACAUAUUUCCCCAAGAACAAUGGCACCGUUCAAGCUGAGGUUCUCAAAAAUGUCAAAAUCCCGGAGCAACGGGAGCAAAGGAAGUCGUAGCAAUAGCGUCGAGUGCGACGAGCCGGGCCAACAGCUUCAGCCAAAUUACAGCAAUACACAAACACUGGCAAAUUGCAACAGUCGACCGGAAACUCCGGGCACCGAAGCUGCAGCUGGAUUCCCAGACUCACCGCCACCUUCUUAUCAACAUGUGCUCGAAGAAACGCGACUGAAGCGUUCAGCGACAAACACAGAAGUCGACGUGGCCGAGGUGGAUGAGGAAUCCGAAGAGAAUCGUGAGGAGGAUAGGAGCAGAAAUCAACGUCACGAAAACACGUCGGACAAGAAGAACGAUCAACGUCGAAACAAGAACACUGAGAUACAGAGAAGUUCCGGCGGUGGAGGCGGCCCUGACGGCGGGGGCGGCGGCGGCGGAAGAACACCAGCCAAGGGACCGGAAAUCAUUCACAAAUCGAGCAAAGAGCUUUACAGAGCUGUUGCCAAGGAAUGGGGCAUCACGUGCAAGAUGAGCGAUCAAUGCAGAUGCUUCGAUUGUCAGAGUCACUACUUUGAUUGCGACUACGAGAAAGAUGAGCAGGGAAAGACUGACGGUGGUUUGGGCGCUGGUACGCCGAUGUUUAUCGCCGAAGUGAUGCACGGAACGGCCUGCGUCUUGCUGUAGAUCGAUUCUCCAAGGGCGAAGAGAAAAAAAUGGUCGUUGGACUGGAUCGAGAGCAUGAUCGAGUCUGCCACGGUGUCGAAACGCUUCAGGAAUGUUAAGUUUCCUGAAUCACUUGGAAUUUGCUGGCUGUUCGGACAGGAAUCGCAUGUAUUUUUGUUCAUCGGGCUGCCCACGAGCAGCUUAAAUAUUGGGAACAUAUUAACAAAUAUUGGGAAUAAGAAAGAGAGAAACAUCAAGAGGAACGAACUUAAAGAUUGUUUUUGAGGAAAGAAAAAAAACGUAUUUUUUCACUCCACUCCGGAAACAAACGUUUCGGAAUCCACAAGAAUUGGACCACCUCGAGAACCCGAAUGACUCCAAAUAAUCUCCAACUUCAAAUCCUCGGUUGGUCCGCACACGAACUGUCAACUUAGGGCAAACGUCGUUGAAAAGUACGUUGUAAUCGAAACAGAAAUCGCCUCGUUGCCCAAGAAUAUAGACUGAUCAGAUAUAAAGUGUUUUAUUGCUUAAUGUCAACUGCUUUUCAACAGUUGUCGAUAAUCAAUGGUCAGGGUAACCGUUACUUCAGCCUCGGCAAUGAUUCGUUGUUGCUAAAUUCGUCUGAACGAGGAUUUUUCUUUGAACUUUGAUGAAACUUCAGUCAAUGGAUCAAUGCUGUACAGAAUAAUGGAUUUCUCGAGUGUCUUCGAAGCUCUUUUGACGCUUGCUUCGUUCGUUACAUCCGAGACGACGAAUUUACUCAUUUUUUUGUGUUUCUGGGAACAAGAAUUUGUCAACUACUCGAUUACGAUCGUCGUCGGUGUUUCUCGUUCAGCGGUACGUUCGAAGCUAACGUGGGGUCUGAUUUAUCAGCACUGCAGUAAGUUGCUUAUCGAAGAAGCAAAAGCGCAAAAGGGACUCCGUCGACGAUUUUUCCUGACAACAUUUUUUCAAGUACAGCCACGUACUUGAAGAAAAAGUUACGUCAUUCCUCGAACUAAACGCUGACUGCUAUUUCGAAUAGGCUAAUUAUCUUAACUGUCGGUGUCACUAAUGUCAAUAUCUUUGCUCACCGCUCGCAACAGUCGCGAAAACGGUGAUUAGUCCGAUCGAACCAAAACUUCUGAAUUUUAAAUGUUUAAUGUUGUUCCGGAGAAUAAAGGACGCCGGUUUUGAGGACCGAAGAAAAAGUGCGGAAUUCCAGUCUCGUUAAUUAUCUUCGCAGAUCUCCGAUCAAAUUUCAGAGACAGAUCCGGCUCGACGAAAUCGACGGGCGGAUAUUUUAUUAACAGAUCAAAUCUCGAGUCUGAGACAAUGCAAUUUCUUUGUGCAGCUUUGUGUAAUCCGAAUUUAUGAUGCGGAAGAUCACAGAAUCGCAGAUAGAUUUAACAAAAUAUUCAUUGGCAAAACUGUCAAAAAACGUUUUAAUUCGUUGGUCAAUAAUCGCCGAGCAGCACAAACAUCGCGGCGGUGCAAUCAAAGCGAUUUUUUUAUUAUCAAUUGGUCAAUUAAGGCGAAGGAUUACUCGCUCAAGUCAAUAUCCACGGAUCGUGGAAAACAUCGAUCGCAGUCAUGGGAAAAAUCACGUUCACUUUGAAUUCAGUGGAAUUUUGAAAAUUGAGUAUUAACCCGUAGAUACUACACUGGUGCAAAUUUGCACCGACGAAAAUGUCAAGUGUCUAGAAAUUCCUUCAAUUUGGUCAUUUUUCUAUAAUAAAACUUGAAUUUUCAAUUUUUUCAAUGAUUGUAAUCGAUUACUAAGGAACUGUUACCCCUAAAAAGUCUCGUUGUAAGAUUAAUUCCAU